UCGGGACGUCGCAGAAGGAGAAGGCAGAGUGGCAGAAGCAGCCAGAAAGGAACGCUGAUCGUUGAGGUUGAGUCAGGCUACAGGCACUUUCAUUCGUUCGUUUGCGGUCGUGAUAGUUAAAGUUGGUGAUUAGUGUCGUGCUUAUUAUCUUUUAUCAACGCUAGUUUGAAAUAUCAUUGAAUGAAUAAUAACUUACAUGAAUCCUGUCAUAUAAAUAUUUUAAAUUGAUCAAAGUCAUGUGCGUUGAGGUUACUUCAGAAAGUUGAGGGGUGCAACUACAUGUUUCUAAUAUAAUUGUGCCUUACAAUAAUUAAAUUGAGUUGCGGUGCUUUUGAUGGUUAUAAUAAUAUAUUUUAACGUACUAAAUAAAUGAAGGUUUGAAAAAAACAGUGAAAAUGAAUGCAGAACACGAAAUGAGAAUUGCCAAUGAGAACUGGAAAACCCAGGCCCAUCUGCAGAAUAGGAUAGUACAGCCUCUUCUAACAGAUUUGUACGAGAUUACAAUGGCCUACGCUUAUUGGAAAUCUGGAAAGACAAAAGACUUUGCUAUUUUCGAUCUAUUUUUCCGACAAAAUCCGUUUCAAGGAGAGUUCACAAUAUUCGCUGGCCUAGAAGAGUGCCUCAAGUUCCUUCAAAACUUUCAUUAUUCUGAUAGUGACAUAAAAUAUUUGAAGCAGACUCUGCCAUCCUCAAUAGAAGAAGAGUUCUUCGUAUUCCUAAGACAACUGACAGUGAAAGAUAUCACAGUUUAUGCUAUCCAAGAAGGCUCAGUUGUGUUUCCUAGGGUUCCAUUGAUGAGAAUCGAAGGCCCAUUAAUUAUAGUCCAACUUUUAGAAACUACACUUCUUACUUUAGUCAACUAUGCAAGUUUGAUGGCAACGAACGCAGCCCGCUACCGUAUGGCAGCUGGGGAAAAUGUGAGAUUACUCGAGUUUGGCCUGAGACGAGCCCAAGGCCCCGAUGGAGGCCUCUCUGCCUCCAAGUACUCAUAUGUAGGAGGAUUCGAUGGAACAAGCAAUGUGCUGGCUGGCAAGAUGUACAAUAUCCCAGUGAAGGGGACCCACGCCCAUGCUUAUAUCACAUCGUUCAACGACUUCAAUGAACUUCAAACCAAGCUGGCAGCCCGUCGCUUCCUUAGCAUACAAGACUUACUGAGCAACGAGCAGGUGCUGCUAGACCGUAACACAGGCGAGGACAGGGACCUCCUGGUGUUGGCGCUGGAGUGGCGCACCAAGCUGGCCACCAUAAUGGGCAGUAUGGCCAGUGAGGCUUCUGACGGAGAACUCGCUGCACUCAUCUCGUUCGCCAUCGCCUUUCCCGAUGGAUUCAUGGCUCUUGUUGACACCUACGAUGUCAAACGGAGUGGAAUGCUCAACUUUUGUGCCGUGGCAUUGUCGCUCAAUGAUUUAGGUUACAGAGCAAUUGGAAUCCGCAUAGACAGCGGCGAUCUUGCCUACCUUUCCAGGAAAGCUCGGGAAACCUUCAACAAUAUUGCUAGAACAUACGGCAUUCCAUGGUUCGAACAGCUGACAAUAGUGGCGUCCAAUGAUAUCAACGAGGAAACAAUAUUAAGUUUGAAUGAACAGAACCACAAGAUUGAUUGCUUUGGGAUCGGAACUCAUUUAGUUACAUGCCAAAGACAACCAGCCUUGGGUUGUGUUUAUAAACUGGUUGAGAUCAAUGGCCUACCAAGGAUCAAGCUGAGUCAGGACGUGGGCAAAAUGACAAUGCCGGGCAGAAAGGACGCCUACCGUCUCUAUGGAGCCGAUGGUCAUGCGCUGAUUGAUAUAAUGAUGAGAUCGGUUGAGUCAGCGCCAGAGGUUGGAGCUAAGGUGCUUUGCAGACAUCCGUUCCAAGAAUCUAAACGAACCUACGUCAUACCUUCAAAAGUGGAACCACUGUACAAGGUUUAUUGGAAAGAUGGAAAAGUGUGCGGGCCUCUGCCAAGUCUUGAAGAAAUUAGGGACCGAGUGAGAAAUUCCCUCGAGACAUUGAGGCAAGAUCACAAGCGAAAUCUCAAUCCCACUCCGUAUAAGGUAUCUGUGAGUGCAGACCUGUACAGUUUCAUACACGAUCUGUGGCUGCAGAACGCGCCAAUAGGAGAGCUCUCAUGAAGUGGAGCCGAGCAAUAGGAGACUUGGGCAAACCUACAAAGUCCUUGGAGCGAGGGAGACCUCCCUUCUGAUUGGGUGAUUUGGUGGCGGGGGCAAUCGUAUGCUGUGAUUCUAACCUAGAAACGAAGUUUGGAAAGGAAGCCAGGUUAAGUUAAAGGAAGCCAGGUUAUAGGAUAAGUUGAGACGCUUGAAACGUCUAUAAGUCACACAAUAGAACCAUUGCUCCCUUAUGGGAUCAAUCUCCACUUGAUUGCGAUCAUCAACAACUGAUUAAGCACCAAUAGAAGUCCAUUAUCACAAACAUGUCAACAAUCUCAUUAGAAUUCUGUAAAGAAUUGAAAAUUUCUAUUAUGAAAUUCAGCACAAAUUUCCAUUUCCAUUAGGCUGUUUGAUUUAUAUUUAUAUAUAACUUCACUUAAUUUGUGUUCAUAUUUAAAUUUGUUAGGGGUUAUUAUAAAAUUAGUCUUGUGAAAUAAAUAUAGAUUUAGUUGGUACACUCAUUAUUUCCAGUGGUUACAACGUAAUAGAACAAUAUAUGACUUAUGUGAAGCACAUAAAAGUUUUUGAUUAAUUAAGAGAGAAAUUUUUAAGAUCACUCUUGUGGUCAUAAUCUUGUUACAAUAAUUUUAAUUAUAAUCACUAGAAUCUAGGUAUUUCAAAAUCAAAGAAUAUUUUAAUGAAAGUUAUUAUUCUAUAUUUUUCUAUUUCUCAGUCGAUUUAUGGUUUUUUAUUCUUUUAUCACAAAUUAAAUUAAUAUUUUAGAUAAAGUUAAUUAUUGUAAACACCUAGUGAUAGAGGUAAAUUUCUACUUCCCAAAUGAAACCAAUUCUUCAAGAAGACGGAUCAAUGAUUUCUCUUAUGAAAUGGAAGAAAAUGUGAAUGUUUAUCUUAUAUCAAGGAUAUUUUAGAGAAAUUAUUCUAAAAAUACACAACUUCAUACUAUUUGAUUAUCAUUUUCCAAUUCUUAAAUAGUUUGCAUAGCUGCUAUUGUAUACUAUCAAUGAUUUUAUUGUUCUAGAACAAUAAUUACAAAUAAUGUUUAAGAUUAGCUGUUAUUUUAAAAUACAAAUUACUAUUUUUGAUCAAAGGUUUCAAUAUAUUUUUUAAAUUAUAAAAUUAGAUCACCCAUUAUUGAAUGCAUGUUUAUGAAUGUUUGUAGUUAUUUAGUUGUGUCAUAUCUAAAUGUAUUUUAUUUUCUUCACGUGCCAUUUAAUCGUGCUAUAAUGAUUGAGGAGCAAAUACAGCUUCUUCUUGUAGAUAGUUUUCAAUAGUACUUAUAAAACUUAAUUUAUUGUUUACUUAAUUCAUUGCAUGUACUGAAUAAAUUCAUUGAAAUCCACAGCAACAAUUUAUCUGAUCAAACAUAGCGACUCAAAUUUUCAUUGAUAAUUUCAAGUAAUUAUUAUUUAUUUAUUUAUUCAUAUGGCUUUUAUUGGCAGAGAGAUCCUUUAGGAUGUUCUGUUUUGCCGUAUUACAAAAUGUCAUUUCCUAUUUCUUCAAGUUGGGUUCUUCAAGUUUUCUCACGAAAAAUUUACACUUCAACUUCCUGAGCUUUUAUUUUAUAAAGUUUAAAAUAAACAAAAGUUAUUUCUAAACAUAAAUUAUCUUUAAAAAGCAAACAAAUAUAAAAUGUUGAUAAUAUUAAAGCUGAAAAUUUUACAUCAAUCCAAACCGUAUACAAGUUCACUAUUUCUUAAUAAUUUAUUGCUGCUUCAAUUUUAAAUGCGAUUGGAUAUUUUCAGAGAUUUCAAUGAAAUUUUCAAGUAAUGAAAUGACUAGGUAUUGAUUUGAAAUGUCCAUACACUAUUCGAACAAAAUAGAAAACAAUUGAAAUGUGAGAGAUUUUUAUUUUUCCAUUAAAUAAUUCAUUAGGCACAAAUAUUAGUUUAGUAAUUAUUGAAAUAACUUUUUUUGUAAUACGUGCUAUGUUUUCCAGUGAUUGUAUUCAAUAAAUUCCUGAACUCUCAAUCAUAAUCCUUUUACCAUGACAAAUUCCGUCAAACUUACUAAUAAAUAAAUUUAUUUGGAAUACUGUAAUAACCGGUAUUUCAAUCAAAUAUCGAAUAAAUUACCAAAUUCUGCUAUUAAUUAAUUGAUUCGUUAAUCUGUUACAUUUUAACAAGUAUGAAGUUCAGAAUAGUGGAUUUUCAUCUUAGGUUGAUUUCAACUAUUAAAAUUUUUUUUUAAAUCAGUUAUUUAUUUUUUGAGAAAAAUUGAGCUGUGGUUCAUUGAUAAUUUAUUUAAACAAUUAAGUGGGGUUGAAUAGUUAUACAGUAAUGUAUACGAUCCCAUUAUAUUGUAAAGUUUCACUAAAACUUUGAUGUUAGAAUAUCUUUUUAUUGUGGUUUUAUCUUUAGGAGUCUGACAUCUAGCCUGCAGUCCAAAGGCAAACAUAAUAAAUGGAAAGAAUUAUGAAAUAUUUGCAUGAUGGAUUCGCAAAGCUGUGAUACAAUUUUAAUCGUAUAAAUUAAUAACUCUUUUCAAUUUGAAAACAAUUUCGCUAAAUAUUGAAUGUUUUUUAUUGGUUACCAAUGUCAACUUUCAUGAGCUUUUUGAUAUGAAGAUAAUUUUCAUUUUUAAUGCAUGUACCUGGUUAUUAUGAUAAUAAUAUUGUAUCACUUUUUGCGAUUGUAUAAACAUAAUAAGUGCAAUUAUUUUUGUAGUCAAUAGCUCAUUCCAUGUAAAUGUAAUAGGAUAAUAGAUUUGCUAUCAUGCAAAAGCAUUAGUGUAUUAGCAUAUUUUUCUUAUGUUCAAUGACAUAAAAUAAUUUAUGCUGCAGUAAUAAAUAGAUUUUAAAAAUGUGA